GUGAAGGAUGCCCUUUCUGGUGUUCCUGUUGUCAUGCUGUGUGUACCCACUUGCUUCCAGCUGUGCUUAUACCUUCAGUACCAUGUCAGAACGAGCCAGGCACAUCGGCUUCUUCUUUGAUUAUGGAGCACUCAGCUUCUACAGCCUUGGGUCUGCCAUCACCUACUCCUCUUACUCAUUUCCAGAUAAAUGGGUUAAUAGCACAUUUCACAAAUAUUAUGUUCCUAUAGCUGUUGUCAACUCUGUAAUAUCCACUGCACUGGCCUGCUACUCAAGACUUGGUUUACCAUUUUUUGAUUAUAAUUAUCACAGCAUUAAAAGGUGUUCUGGGAAAUUAAAUCAGAAACUCUGUAAAUGUCUACGGAUAAUCGCCUUUAUCUAUCCAUAUCUCUUUGACAACAUCCCUCUCUUUUAUAGAAAUGCUGUUUCUCCGGAUAAACCGGAAAUUGUCAACAGAAUAUCAGGCGGAGCUUAG